CUUCCCUCCCUCCCCGGCUCGCCUGGCCCGCCCUGCCCGGCCCGCCCUGCGAGUCAGUUCGCUGGUUCCCUCCCUCUCCGGGCGCGCUCGGGCCGCCGCUGCGCUCCCCGCCCUCGAGCCGCGGAGCCGGAGCCGCCCGCCGCCCGAGGAGGAGGCGGAGGGAGCCGGAGGGGCCCGCCGAGGCGGCGGCGGCGGCGGCAAGAUGGCGGACUUCCUGCCGUCGCAGUCAGUGCUGUCCGUGUGCUUCCCCGGCUGCCUGCUGACGAGCAGCGAGGCCGAGCAGCAGCGAAAGUCCAAAGAGAUCGACAAAUGCCUGUCGCGGGAGAAGACCUACGUGAAGCGGCUGGUGAAGAUCCUGCUUCUGGGCGCGGGCGAGAGCGGCAAGUCCACUUUCCUGAAGCAGAUGCGGAUCAUCCACGGGCAGGACUUCGACCAGCGCGCGCGCGAGGAGUUCCGCCCCACCAUCUACAGCAACGUGAUCAAAGGUAUGAGAGUGCUGGUAGAUGCUCGAGAGAAGCUUCAUAUUCCUUGGGGAGAUAGCUCAAACCAACUCAAUGGAGACAAGAUGAUGGCAUUUGACACCCGGGCCCCCAUGGCAGCCCAAGGAAUGGUGGAAACUCGGGUUUUUUUACAAUACCUUCCUGCUAUAAGAGCAUUAUGGACAGACAGCGGCAUACAGAAUGCCUAUGACCGGCGUCGAGAAUUUCAACUGGGUGAAUCUGUAAAAUAUUUCCUGGAUAACUUGGAUAAACUUGGAGAACCAGAUUACAUUCCAUCACAACAAGAUAUUCUGCUUGCCAGAAGACCUACCAAAGGCAUUCAUGAGUACGACUUUGAAAUUAAAAAUGUUCCUUUCAAAAUGGUUGAUGUAGGUGGUCAGAGAUCAGAGAGGAAACGUUGGUUUGAAUGCUUCGACAGUGUGACAUCGAUACUUUUCCUUGUUUCCUCAAGUGAAUUUGACCAGGUGCUUAUGGAAGAUCGACUGACCAAUCGCCUUACAGAAUCCCUGAACAUUUUUGAAACAAUCGUCAAUAACCGGGUUUUCAGCAAUGUCUCCAUAAUUCUGUUCUUAAACAAGACAGACUUGCUUGAGGAGAAAGUGCAAAUUGUGAGCAUCAAAGACUAUUUCCUAGAAUUUGAAGGGGAUCCCCACUGCUUAAGAGACGUCCAAAAAUUCCUGGUGGAAUGUUUCCGGAACAAACGCCGGGACCAGCAGCAGAAGCCCUUAUACCACCACUUCACCACUGCUAUCAACACGGAAAACAUCCGCCUUGUUUUCCGUGAUGUGAAGGAUACUAUUCUUCAUGACAACCUCAAGCAGCUUAUGCUACAGUGAUGUACAAAAGACUUGCUAUUUUAAUACCUUUUUGUGUUUUUGAUUGUUUUUUGUUUGUUUUGUUUUUUUAAAUAGCAGUUUACAACAGGAAUUAGAAAAAUCUUGAUUCUGUGUUUAACUUCUUGGAAAUCUUAGUCUUUUUUUUCUGUGGCCUUUGGUUUGUGGCUGAAAGCUAUUGAAUAACUCUUGCCAAGAUUUGUUGAAAUUUAGGCUUUAAUCUAUUUCACCGUGGCUCCCUUGAAGUGGAGUUCUAACUUCCUGGCCAGCCUCAGACUAGGCAUAUUUCAGGCUUUAAAUCCUUCCACUUUUCAAACUGAAUUCUCCUAUAGUGCCAAGAAUAGAAGGUGUCCUUCAUUACUUAUAGGUAUGAGGUCAGGAAUUCUAACAGUUCUAAAACAAGUAAGAGAUCUUCUGUCUGCCUUACACAUAGCAACUCUUGUUGUCUAGAUUUUUUGAUGAUGACCUCCUAUUUUGAAAGGCUGUUGGAAAAAAGUUUGAUCUAAGGAAUGGUGUUCUGUAGAUUUACACAGGUUUAACCUUAGUUUUUUUUAAUUGCUUAUACACAGAAUUGUUAUUAAAUUUCUGUGGUUUCUGAAGGUGUGCUGUUCUUAGUGUUUUAAAGUUUACAUAAAGAUUUCUGGUCUGAUGCUGGUGACAAGUUCACAGAUGGCACAGGGGAACAAAAGGCAAGCAGUGCUGUAUGCAGUGCUCUGACCACAGCCAGUGAAAUAUAAUUUGCCUCUCUCGUUUCAUUAUCAUGUGAUUUAAUGUGCCAUGUGUGAAACAUUCUGGCUAUAGCAGCAACUAAAAACUGCAAGCAACUUGGUAACAGAACUUCUUAAAUAAACUUACCUGUUCCAGAAUGUCGUGUGUUCCAAGUCCAGCUCAGUUGAUUUGGUCUUUCCUGCAGGAAAUGAUUGUUGUGUCAUCACAAACAUCUUUCUGUCCUGUCUGAUCCCAUCCACUCCAAACUGUGGCAUUAAUGGGAUUUUUUGUUGUUUAUUUGGAGCUUACCAAGGGCUGUAUUUUCCUGUCAGACUGUUGAAGAAGGCAUUAUUUGAGAUUCCUAUUCAUUCUUGGUGUGUCUUUCACAGAUAUAGUAUGUACACAUUUGUAUAAUUAUUGUUUAUGAAAGGCCAGCUUUUUUGAGGUAUAUUUUAAAUGUUUUAAGGAUGCCUCUGAGGGUAUGUAGUAAUAUUUUUUAGUUCACACCUAAGAUUUGACCUCCCCACACUGCUUACCGAAUUAAAACAUACCCAUGAGUUAGCUUUGUGAUUACAAAUACAUUCAUAGUGAACUCAUCAGAAUGGCUGGUUUGUUGUACUAAAAACACUGCCUUAAAGGUUAUAUGCAGUUUUAAAAUUGAUCAGAAAAAUAGAUGUAUAAGGCUGAUGACAGUUUGAAAAGUCUGACAACUUUGCUUUUCCUGAAAAUUUUGAAUAAGACUGUGGUAUCUGUUCCUUUACUAUAUGUUCUCAGGUAUUUUAUCAAUCCUUAAAUGGUCAACAUGGUGGAUCAACCAGCCUUUGCAAGCCAGCAGUUCUUGUUCUGUCUUGCGGUGUGGUGUGAGAGGAGGGCUUUUCAGUGAGCUAACCAGGGGUUGUUCUGGACAUACCUGACUUUCUUGCAUUUGAAGUUCCACUGUCGUCAUAUCUAUGCUCCUUCCAGUGUUUUCAUGCCUUGGUAAUACAUGAGCUACAGAUGAUGUAGAGUGCCAUCACAAUACAGGUGUUCGUAAUCUAAUUUGUGCUAAUUUGUGCGUGUUUGAAUAGUUCCACAUCUAGUGCUUCUUGCCAAAAAUAAUACAUUGUUUAUAAUUUACCAGGUUAGCAUAAUUUCAGUGCUCAUGAAUAUCUGAAUAUGUACACAGUCACAUUUGGACUGUUCGUGGAGAGUCUACGUAUAAAUUGAGCAACUAGUCUUUACCGAAUGGCCAAAACAUUCAGCCUCCAGUGGAAACUAAAGUUAGACCCCUUCAGAAAGAGGACACUCAGUCUUACUCAAGAUCUCUGAUAUGAAUAAUUGCCUGACAAAGCAUACAUCCAUACAUCGCCAAGUUUCUUCUCCAUUUUAACUUACCACCCAGAACUUGUAAAACACCAACCAAAAAGAUACAGUAUUAUUUCUGGUAUGUGCCAGAUCUUCCCUGAUGUGUGUCAUGUCUAAGAGUGUAGAAUAUAUUCUGAGGCAGUAAAUUCCUUCUAUUAACUUAAGCUUGUUCAGACAGACAUUGACUAGACAUGGAAGGUUCAAUCUGAAGGCUGUGGCCCACAUCCUCUUACAUGCUGUGUUGUGAGACCAUUGGAAGGUGCCGGAACCUAUAUCAUGAAAACUGGAUCUUUUUGAUAUACAGGUGUAUGAAGAGGGAGAUGAAAUACAGUGAAUGGAACUGAAAAGGCGCUCAAUCUUCACUGUGCCACCUUGCCUCCAGUCUCUAAAACAGUAAUUUACAUUUAAAGUUUUUUGGUGUGUACUUUCCUAAAUCAUUAUGGUUCUGAUUUGUGAUAAAAUGUGCCUCUUUUUUCUCUAUGACAUGCUGUUCUUAAAUCUGAAUGCCUUCUCAUUUAAUUCUGAAGAACUAUCACACAAGUGUCUUUGUUGACGUUGAGGGAUUUUCUAAGUAUACAGAGUUGCCUUACAAAUCAUGAACAACACAAAUUUAACCUUAAUUUUUAUAGGGAAAGGGUUUUGCCUAAUGUUUUCUGAAGAUCUAAAUAAUACAAGGCAACCCCUGCCACAUAAUCGUUAUUUGUAAUAACCUGUAUUGUUACUGUCUGCCAAAUACCACAUGAAAUUGAAACCUUCGUUUCAAUGUUAUUUUCUGGAAGGGGCACCUGAUAGAGAGCAACUCAAACCAAAGAAGGCAGCGUGGAAUGAAGAAGAUGAUUCGUUUUUGUCUUACUCUAAGUUGCAUUGGCAUACACUUUACAUAGAUCAAUCUCUCAUAUUAGAGCUAUUUGAGUAACCUCUCUUCAGAUGGUGGCAGUUGUUUGUUUGAAGUAGAAGGAAAUAAGAUCACCUUAAUACCAGAAAUAAUUAGAAAACUUGGUAAAGAUUCAACAGAAAUCAUGUGCCCUUACAAUUUUUUUUGAAAGGAAUGGGUAAAUCUUAACUUUCAAUAUAUGCCCAAAUAUGUGUGUUUAUAUACACAUAUAGACUGUAUUUUCAGCAUUAGCACACAUAUCCGGUUAUGCCUUAUUUAUGUGAAGAAUAAAGUUAACCAAGUUAUGCUGUUAUGUCCUGAAACUCAAAUCACUGUUUGAAAAACCCUCAAAUUGGUGCUUUCAUUGUAUAAUGAUACAGUUAGACAAAACCCCAAACCAAGUCAUUGGAAAUAAGAUUCUCUCCAUUGCAAUUUGUAGCAACGUUAUUUCUGUGUAUGUAAUGAGAAGGCCUAACUAUCAGUGUUAACUCUUAAUUUCUCGCUUGAAUCCAUGAAAUCAUGUCUGUAAAGCCCAAACAUUUGUAACAAACUCCCUAAUAAAUUUAGAGAAAGUCA